AUGACGACAAAUAAGGAAGAGAAAAUUGAAAAUGAUUUUUUUGAUAGUUCAAUUUCUAGUUCAUUUUAUUUUUAUUAUAAUUCAUCAUUAUCAAUAAAUGAAUCAUUAAUUAUAACAAAUUUAAAUGAAAUUACAAAACAAUUCUCGACAUAUUACAGUUUAUCAAUAAAUACUGUUCGAAUUUUCUCAAUAAAAUUUAUUCAGUCAAUUGUAUUAAAUAAAAGAAAAAGACAAAUUGAAGGAAUAAAUUUAUUUUUAAUUCAAUGUGAAAUAAAAUAUCCGAAAAGAUGUAAUCGAGUUAAAUUAUGUCAUGAUCGGUUUAUUUCACAUAUAUUUCAAAUUAUUAAUUUAUCACCAAAACAAUUAUCAUUUUUAUUUUCAUUUAAUUAUCAAUUUACAAUUAAUAUCCCAAUGAUAUUUUUAUCAAUUAAUCAAACAAGUUUUUUGUCACCUAUAACAACUAAAACUACUUCUAUUCACACAACUAAUACAGUUUCAACAACAGCGACCACGAUCACGAUCACGACAGCAAGAACAGUGACCACGGCCACGACAGCGACAACAGUGACCACGGCCACGACAGCGACAACAGUGACCACGAUCACGACAGCAACAAUAGUGACCACGGCCACAACAGCAACAGCAACGACCACGACAACAGCACUACCAACGGAUUUAUACUUCAGUUUUCUCUCCUUCACAACUGGCACCUCUCCUCGAUCAUUGGCCGUUAUGGAUAUAAAUGAUGAUAAUCAAUCUGAUAUAAUUACGGCAAACUAUGGUUCAAAUACAGUUAGUGUUCUUCGCAAUACCGGUAAUAACACGUUUACCUCUCAAGUUAUAUUUCCGGUGGGCACUAAUCCACAAUCAGUGGCCGUCCUCGACAUAAAUUUAGACAACAGACCUGAUAUUAUUACGGCAAAUUAUGGCGCAAAUACAGUUAGCAUCCUUUCCAAUACCGGCAAUGCAACAUUUUCCCCGCAAGUUAUCUUUGCAGUUGGCACUAAUCCGUACUCAGUGGCUGUCAUAGAUGUAAAUUUUGACAAUAAACCUGAUAUUAUCACGGCAAACUUUGGUGAUAGCACAGUUAGUCUUCUUCUCAAUACGGGUAAUGCUACAUUUGCCUCCCAAAUCAUUUUUGCCACUGAUAUGGCUCCCCGAUCACUAGCCGUAAGAGACAUUAAUAUUGAUGGCAAAGUUGAUAUAAUUACGGCCAAUUAUGGUGCAAAUACAGUUAGUAUCUUAUUGAAUCAAGGAAAUAACACAUUUGCUUCUCAAGUUGCUUUCGCAACUGGAGCUGCUCCCGUCUCAGUAGCAGUUGUAGACAUAAAUUCCGACAAUCAACCUGAUAUCAUUACAGCAAAUAGUGGCGCAAACACAGUUAGUAUCCUCUUGAAUCAAGGUGGUAAUACAUUUGCUUCCCAAGUUAUCUACAUAACUGGCGCUAAUCCACAGUCCGUUAUUGUCGCAGAUCUGGAUGACGAUAGUGCACCUGAUAUAAUUACGUCAAACUUUGGCGAUAGUACAGUUAGUAUUUUUCUCAAUAAAGGAAAUACUACAUUUGUUUCUCAAGUUAAUUUCGCAACUGGAAUUAGUCCACAAUCAGUGGCCAUCAUAGACAUGAACUCAGAUAACAGACUAGACAUAAUUACUGCUAACAGUGGUGGAAACAGUAUUAGUCUUCUUCGUAACACAGGUAGCGCAAUAUUUUCUUCUCAAAUUAUUUACGCAACCGGAGCCGGUCCAGUUGCAGUCGCAGUUGCAGACUUAGAUUCAGACGAUAAACCUGAUAUAGUUACAGCAAAUAGUGGUGGAAGUACCGUUAGCGUUUUUCGAAAUAAUGGUCAAGGCACAUUUUCUUUGCAAGGUACAUUUACAACUGGAAAUAGUCCGAGAUCAGUCGUCAUCAUAGAUAUUGAUGAUAACAAUCAAUCUGACAUAAUUACGGCCAACUAUUAUGGAAAUAGCGUCAGUAUCCUACACAAUAUAGGCAAUGCUACAUUUUCUUCACAAGUUCCUUACACAACUGGAACUGGCCCAGUGUCAGUGGUAGUUAUCGACGUAAAUUCAGAUAAUAAACUAGAUAUCGUCACGGCAAACUAUGGUGCAAACUCAGUCAGUAUCCUAUACAAUACAGGGAAUGCUACAUUUUCUAUACCGGUUGGUUUCGGAGUUGGUACUUAUCCAUACUCAGUGGUCGUCGUAGAUAUAAAUUCCGAUAAUCGACUUGAUAUUAUUACAGCCAACUAUGGUUCAGCUACAGUUAGUCUUCUUAUCAAUAUAGAUAAUAACACAUUUGCUUCUCAAGUGACUUUCGCGACUGGCUUUAAUCCAUACAUAGCAGUAGUCGUAGACAUGAAUUACGACGACCACCCUGAUAUAGUUGUAGCGAAUUAUGGUGCAGGAACAGUUGGUAUCCUACUGAAUCAAGGCAAUAGCACAUUUGCCUCUCAAAUUGCAUUCGCAGUUGGCUCCAAUCCACAAUCAUUGGCUAUUGUUGAUGUAAAUUUCGACAACAAGCUCGAUAUAAUUACGGCAAAUAGUGUUCCAAAUACAGUUAAUCUACUUCUCAAUUCAGGAAAUCUUACAUUUUCUUCUCGCAGUACUUUUGCAACUGGUCGCAAUCCUUCCUCGGUGGCUGUUAUAGAUGUAAAUUUCGACAACAAACCUGAUAUUGUUACGACAAAUUUUGUUGGCAAUAGUUUUGGAAUUUUUUUUCACUAUUAA